UGAGAGAGGUGGAGAGAGAGGAGCUCAUUCAUGCCAUAAAGAUGUGCUGCGCGGAACGGUGGGAGCUGCCCCGACGCGCGGUUUAAACACACACACACUCUCUCUCUCUCUCUCUCUCUCUCUCUCUCUCUCUCGCUCUCUCUCUCUUACACACACACACACACACACACACACACCAUCGCGGGGGAGGAGGUCAGUCAGAGAGAGCGGACCGACAUGUGGAUGACCGAGGAGGAAAGAUGCCGGAGUGUCCUGUGAGCGGCGGACACGCUGCCGCGCUGGGCUGAGCGCGCACACGUGGGCGCGCCGUGGACACGCUCCUGCUGGAGUGCACGCGUUCACACCGGGACACGUGUGUGAGGAGAUCGGAGGACGGAGGUGGGGAGUGGGUGUCGGGGCGGGGGGGAGACGAGGACGGCGGGAUGGGACAGCCGGACAUGUCUGCGGGACACAACGGCACAGAGCUGCUGGCGGGGGGCCACGGCCGACGCGUGGACGGGGUCCUGCUCGGAUUCUCGUGCCUCUCCGCUUCCCUCACGCUGGCCGGGGGGCUCUACUCGCUCGCGUGCUUCCUGCGGAUGCGCACGAGGACCUCGCUGUCCCUCAUCGUGGCCGCCAUGUCCGUGGACGACCUGGUGGCCGUGGCGGCCGUGUGCCUCUUCGCGCUGGGCCAGUGGCACUCGGACCCGGAGCCGGCGGCGGGCUGGCGCUGCACGCUCUCGGCGCUCCUCUAUGUCUUCCAGUGCCUCUCCAGCAACAUGAAGGCGUCCCUCAUGGUCGCGCACACGUUCCACGGCACGUUCCGCGACCCCGGGGGCCCCCCCGGCGUGCCGUGGGCGAUCGGGGCUGUGUGGGGGGUCAGCCUGGCCGUGAGCGCGCUGCCCGUGUGCGGCUGGGGCUCCUUCUCCGCCACCCCCGUGGGCUGCUUCGCCGAGAGCGCGCACCCGUACGCGCUGCUGCUGUGCGCCGUGUACCUGCUCUGCUUCUGCACCUUCGUCGCGUUCUCGGUGCCGCUCGCGCACCGCCUGCUCUGCUCCGGCGACCCCCACGGGACCCCCCGGCGAGGCCGCGCGGGCGCGCCUGGCCCGUGGACCGUGGACGGCGCCGCGCCGCUCUGCGAAGCGCCCUCUCCGUCCCGUGACAGCCUGGGCCGCAUUUUCGAAACGCACGGCGACGGGACCUCGGAGCCCACCUGCGCGAGAGGCAGGUCGGCGACGCGCGCGUGCCCGAGCCCGUGCCCGAGCCCAAGCCCGAGCCCGGCCGCGGCCGCCGACGCGAACGGGACGGAGAGCUGGCGCGAGGGGGCGGGGUCUGCGCUCGUCUUCGCGCAGAGGCGCUUCUCUUUCGUGUUGGCCAUGGCGCGUAUCCUGCUCUGGAUGCCCAUGAUGAUACACGUCUUUGUGAGCCACGUGGUUCCGGCGCGACGCUCUGCGUUCCAGACGCCCAGUUUCCUCCUGACGUUUGUCUCCACUGUGGUCACGCCGCUUUUCUUCCUGUCGAAACGCUGGAUUCAUCUUCCCUGUGGCUGUUUCAUCAACUGUCGUCGAGACGCGCUGUCGCCGUCCUCAGCCGGGAAAAAGAGGGGAUUCGACUUUAACUUGUCCUUCCAGCAAGGCUACGGAAUCUAUAAAAUUUCCCAGGCGAAGACCCCCUGCGUAGAGAAGCCCCCGUACCACAGCUUGCUUGACUGCGAUUCCACGGAGAGCAGAGCGGCGCCACCGGAUGGAGGUUUCCUGUCCAGGAUCGCGAGCACCGACUUCAGGACCACGGCUGGGGACAGCGCUCAGCGCCACGGCAACGCAGAGUCCGCACCUGGCGAGGAGAGGGCAGAUCGCCCGCCGCGCGGCUCCAUGGACCACGGCCCCUUCUGCGGCAUUUCGCCGCCCGCGUCUGCUCGAGAGGAAAACAACCUGGACACGUCGUCGGUGUUCGAGGGUCCAGAGCGACGCCUCUCUCACGGAGAGUGCCGGAAGAUCGAACUCACUGACUGGGAGUGGUGUCGCAGUAAAUCGGAACGGACUCCCCGACAGAGGUCCGGUGGAGGUCUGGCCAUCCCGCUGUGCGCGAUCCAGGGCACCGUGUCUCUCCACGCCCCCACGGGGAAGACCUUGUCCCUCUCCACCUACGAGGUCAGCAGCGACGGCCUCAAGAUUUCCCCCAACACCAAGAAGGUGGAGGUGUACCGAUCCAAGUCCGUGGGUCACGAGCCCCGAGCGGAGGAGCCGUCGAGCGGAGACACCAACGUGAAGAUCCACCUGGAGGUUCUGGAGAUCUGCGACAACGAGGAGGCCAUGGACAGCGUCUCCAUCGUGUCUAACAUCAGCCAGUCGUCGGCGCACGCCCGCUCCCCAUCGUUGCGCUACUCCCGCCGGGAAAACCGCUUCGUGUCGUGCGACCUGGGUGAGACGGCAUCCUACUCGCUCCUCAUCCCCACGUGCCAAGAUCCCGACAUGAACAUCCACAUCCCCGACACGGUGGAGGCGCACCGCAGGAACAGCCGCAAGCAGCAGCAGCAGAACAUGGGCUACCAGGAGGAGAUUCAGCUUCUGAACGAGGCCUACAGGAGGCAGGAGGGGAGCCAGGUACCAUCAGUGAAGGACACUGAGGCCUCGGGAAGAGACGUGUGAGUGGAGCGGGGGGGCAUUGCGGCCUCGUUUCAUGGUCUUGGGGGGACGUUAUGGGAAGUGGGGUGGGGAGAGUUGGACCUGCGGAGGACAGGUGGAAAGAGCAACUCAGGAACACCAGGAAAAUGUGCUUUGGCCACAAGGAAGAGACAGAAAGAGAGAGAGACAGAGAGAUCAGCAAAGAGAGGUCUCCACCGCGCAGCACUUUCAGCCAACAGCUAAAUAAUCCAAGCGAAAUAUGGAGAGCAAAUGCAUAUGUGACGUCUCCAGUGAUUAAAACUAUUACCCAGAUGUGGUUAUAGGUGUAAAGGUCACCCUACGCUCUGCGGAGCAAAUUGCCUGAGUCGAUGUGUGCGCAUGUGUGCGUACGCGCAAACACACACACACAUGCGCGCGCACACACAGCGAUGCUGCUUUUGUCCAUGUGCCAUGUAUGUACAUCCACGGUCCGUAAGUUCAGAUAUGAAUCACAAAGAAGUCAUUUUGCAUUAUGAACAUUCUCAGAAAGGCAAUUUGUAUGCGUGGUAUUAUGUGUUUUUACUGCAGCAGGGGCUGAAAAUGAAUGUUAAUUUUGAAACCACUUAUGAUUCCUCUUUCUUUUCAUUUCAUUUGACAGAAUAUGUAAUCAAAAGUGAGACCUGGGUCAUUUUGUUGCAUUUAAUAAAUGCAUAAUUUAGCUCAACACUUAUAAUACAUCCAGCAGUCAACAAAACAAAUGACUGUCACUCCAUCAAGUUUUUGCAGCAAAGUAACAUAAACACAUGACUCACAUGAUUCCACAAUCAUAACACUUCACACUGCAUCUCACACACACACACACACACACACACACACACACACACACACACACACCUUUAAUUUCCAGCAACUGAUGAAAAUCUCCAUGAAUGGCUGUGUACUGAAACAUACGCGACCAAAGACGCAAAUAAACAAUUCUUAUUUUAGCAGGAGACGCUGUUCUAGUUUGUCAAAACCUUUCAUCCGUAAUAAAACCGAAGACUGCUCUCAUCAAAUAUUAAUAUGUAAGAAGCCCACUUUCCCAGAAUCAUUUAGUUACAGUGCUCCACAAGACCAAAUACAUUUUACAUUAAAAAAACCUUC